AUGCAGAUUCCAGACUACCUGCCUUUGUCUCCAUGGGAAAGAACCACCCUCGCCUGCAGGGCCAGUCAGAGUGUUGGCAGCUCCUUAGCCUGGUACCAGCAGAAACCUUGGCAGGCUCCCAAGCUCCUUAUCUAUGGUGCAUCCACCAGGGCCACCAGCAUCCCAGCCCAUUUCAGUCGCAGCGGAGUAGGGACUGACUUCACACUGAAGAUCAGCAGGGUUGAGGAUGAGGAUUUUGGAGUUCAUUACUGCCAGCAAGCUAUACAACUUCCUUCCACAGUGACGCAGCCUGGAACACAAACCUCCCAACUGGCAUGGAAGAUAAUUAUCAGGUUGUUGCAAAACCAGGAGCUGAAAGGCAGAGGGAACUCAGAAGGCAGAUGCCAUUUGCAGCUGAAGACAAGACUCAGAGAAGACUUGCUGGAGGAAGAUGCUGAAUCUUUGGUGGAUGGAGCUAAAGGAGAAAUGGAGCUGGUGAGGAGACAGCCAGGGUCUCCAGAGGAGCAGGAAGAUAAUUAUCAGGUUGUUGAAAACAAGGAGCUGAAAGGCAGAGGGAACUCAGAAGGCAGAUGCCAUUUGCAGCUGAAGACAAGACUCAGAGAAGACUUGCUGGAGGAAGAUGCUGAAUCUUUGGUGGAUGGAGCUAAAGGAGAAAUGGAGCUGGUGAGGAGACAGCCAGGGUCUCCAGAGGAGCAGGGUAUUAGCAAGUGGUUAGCUUGGUAUCAGCAGAAACCAGGUAAAGCUCCUAAACUCCUGAUCUAUGAUGCAUCCAGUUUGGAAAGUGGGGUCCUCUCAAGGUUCAGUGGCAGUGGAUCUGGGACAGAUUUUACUCUUACCAUCAGCAGCCUGGAGUCUGAUGAUUUUGGAACCUAUUACUGUCAACAGCAUAAUAGUAACCCUCCCACAGUGUUACAAGCCCGAUCAUAA